AUGGCAUAUUCCACGUCUUCAAGUAGUACGCUAAGCUCAAGAAGUAGCUCAUCUAGCAGCUCCACAGGAUUUAAGGUCUACGGUAGUGUAUUCAAAGUGAGCUCUCGCUACCAGUUCCUCAAUCCUCUCGGCAAAGGCUCGUAUGGCGUCGUCUGCGCUGCAAAAGACCGAGAAACUGGACAAUGUGUAGCCAUUAAGAAGGUGACACCGAUGGCGAAGCGUACAACAGACGCGAAGCACACACUCCGUGAAGUUUUACUAUUACAGCAUCUUGGCAAGCACCCAAACGUUAUAUCAAUUCACAAUCUCUCGGCCAAUAUCAAGGACGACGAGCUGUAUAUCGUCAUGGAUCUCAUGGACACGGACAUGCAUCGGGUGAUACAAAGUUCUCAGCCACUUUCCGAUGCCCACGCCAAAUAUUUCCUUCACCAACUUCUUCGCGGCGUCAAGUACUUGCACGACAAUGGAGUGCUACAUCGCGAUUUGAAACCAGGAAAUCUGCUAUUGAGCAAGACAUGUCAGUUGAAAAUUGCCGAUUUCGGUCUCGCACGUAAAAUUCCUCGUGGGUUUGGUGCCACAACGACAAAUUUGGAGCGUCCACGGUCUGCUCCUGCGGCUAGCUCUAAGGCCAAAGUACCGGAUCGAGCACCUAUGACAGAACACGUGGUAACACGCUGGUAUCGAGCGCCGGAGUUGAUGCUGCAACCCGAUGGAUUGUACGAUCAAAGCGUUGAUAUGUGGUCUGUCGGGUGUAUUUUCGCAGAGAUUCUUGGUCGCAAAGCGCUGUUUCCCGGUAAGAAUUUCUUGCAUCAACUCACUCUCAUCUUCGAUGUGAUCGGAGCUCCAUCGCCCGAAGCUACGAUGAGAAUCCAGAGCUCACAAGCGCAAAGAUUCUUGAAAUCUCUAGGCAAGAAAUCCAAAGUUCCAUUCCGAACACUCUUCCCUAAGGCAACUGACGCAGCAGUGGAUUUACUCGAUCGGAUGCUGGAAUUUGAUCCGACUAAACGAAUAUCGGCUCAAGAAGCACUUGCUCAUCCGUACAUGCAAGAUAUUGAGCGGAAGUAUCGGAAUCGAGGUGGAGUGGACCCUCCGCCUUGUAUGCGGGCCGAUUUCUCGUUCGACUUGAAAAAUUUAAGCAAAAUGGAUCUACGAGCUCUUAUUGUCAAGGAAGUGGACAACCACCGAAAAUCGACUUUAACAAGGACGAACUCUACGGGUUCUAUCGCUACUGACAUUGGAGAAAAUAGAGAACGCGAUACGGUGGAGAAACCCCGCUCUGUUUUGACUUCUAGUGUGAUUCCUACCCCCACUGCAUCGACAAGUUCAAGUGGAUCUAGUGCUCGAAUCAGUAAAAUACACGCAACUUUACGACAAGCGCAGGAGCAAAGUCAACAACAAGAGCGGAAAGAACAGCAACAAGCGAACAUUGUCACAUUUGGGUCGAAUCGUCAGCGUAUCCGAACAACCAGUAAACCUCCAGUUCCGAAGCAAGAAGCGGAUACCAGUGGCUCAAAUCAACAGGAACACGUGCGUGUAGUCGCAGCUCAAGCCACGCUAUUGUCCGAUAGUUUAUCCUCACGAGUCUCUCCCCCCGAAGAAAUUAAACCUGCAGCAAGUGUCGAGGAUGUGCCGAUCCGAAAGCCUACAGAAGAGUCCAAAUCAUACGCUCGAACCAGUUUAUCAGCUCGCUUGGCCCAUACCAGCAAGCCAAGUCCGCUUGCCACUCUGUUAUACAAUGGAGGAUCAGUUCCAGCCUCGUCUGGAUCGGAUGCCCUAGCGACUUGUAUGGCCUUGACGAAGCGUUCAAAAGCGUUAAUUGCUUCGCUAUCUUCCGGCACGUCUACAUCUGUGCAUCAUUCCCAAGCUUGGCAAACAAAGAGCAGGAAUCCCGAGCAUUCGCUCUCUUCGUCGUCUAGUCCAGCGACUUCCUCUCCACCUCGACACGACAGUUCAGUAUGUACGGCAAUAUCGCGUUCGAACCGUCCGGGUUCAGCGUUCCUUACAAAAGUUACGAAGAAGCAGCCUGAGGACACUGUGGUUGCUAGUAUUGCGGUAAGAAGGCCACGACGAGUGUCUUCUGCUGGCCCCACGAGGUCAAAGCCCCGGGGUCCGUCUGGAAAUGGAUCUCGAACGGCCAGGAAUGCAAGUUCUACUAACGCCUACGUAGGUUCGAUCAACUCGCUCAUUCGAGCUCAGAGGUCAAAUAACGGUCAGUCACUUGCGGAUUCAGCAGACAACAUGCUGGCCAGUAUGAGGCAAUCCAAACAGCUGGAUCCGUUCGACUCGAGAGACGAAAAUGAGCCAAGUGUGUCAGGAAAUUUGCUGAAAACCCAGCGAUCAACGUCGAAACUUCCUGGGGUUGGCCCAUUGGAAAAGAAAAGCUCAGCGAGGAAGCUUACUGUGCCAAAAAGCCCCAAGUUCUCGGUCAUGUCAUGGCAAAAGAAGAACGAAGGUAGACCAAGAUAUACGUCAGGUAUGUUGCGUUAG